UCGGGCCUGUGGGCCCUGGGCCGCCCGGUAGCAGGAUUCUUGGGUCCGAACGCUGCGGUGGUGGCUGCGGUGGUUGCCGAGCCCUCCCGCUCCAGCUGGUCUGACCAGUGAGACCGCCGCACGGAAGCAGAAAUGCCCCUGACGCCGCCAGCCUGGCUCCUACUGUGGCUUAGUCUGCUCCUGAGCUCCGUCUGCCCUGCCCUAAAAACGGCUGCGCAGGCCAGCGCCAGCACAGGUGCUCUGAAUGUCCUUCUCAUCAUUGUGGACGACCUGCGCCCCUCCCUAGGCUGUUACGGGGAUAAAAUAGUGCGAUCUCCAAAUAUCGACCAGCUAGCAGCUCACAGCCUUCUCUUUCAGAAUGCCUUUGCACAGCAAGCAGUGUGCGCCCCAAGUCGUGUGUCCUUCCUCACUGGGCGGAGGCCUGACACCACUCGCCUGUAUGACUUCAACUCCUACUGGAGAUCGCAUUCCGGAAACUUCUCCACCAUCCCCCAGUACUUCAAAGAGAAUGGCUAUGUGACCAUGUCGGUUGGAAAAGUCUUUCACCCUGGUAUAUCUUCAAAUUAUAGUGAUGACUCUCCAUAUAGCUGGUCUUUCCUUCCUUACCAUCCCUCCUCAGAGAAGUAUGAAAACACUAAGACAUGUAGGGGGCAAGAUGGAGAACUCCAUGCCAACCUACUUUGCCCUGUGGAUGUGAAGGAUGUACCAGAGGGUACCUUGCCUGACAUACAGAGUACUGAAGAAGCCAUCCGAUUAUUGGAAAAGAUGAAAACACUAUCCAGUCCUUUCUUCCUGGCUAUUGGGUAUCAUAAGCCACACAUCCCCUUCAGAUAUCCUAAGGAAUUUCAGAAGUUAUAUCCCUUGGAGAACAUUACCCUGGCCCCUGAUCCCCAAGUUCCUGGUGGCCUUCCUCCUGUGGCCUACAACCCUUGGAUGGACAUCCGCCAGCGAGAAGAUGUGAAAGCAUUGAAUAUCAGUGUGCCCUAUGGCCCAAUUCCUGUCGACUUUCAGCAGAAAAUACGCCAGAGCUACUUUGCCUCUGUGUCCUAUUUGGAUACACAGGUUGGCCACCUUUUGGGUGCUUUGGAUGAUCUUGAGCUGGCCAACAGAACAAUCAUUGCAUUUAUGUCUGAUCAUGGGUGGUCUCUAGGUGAACACGGAGAAUGGGCCAAAUACAGCAAUUUUGAUGUCACUACUCGUGUACCUCUGAUGUUCUAUGUUCCGGGGAAGACGGCUCCACUUCCAGAAGCAGGCCAGAAGCUCUUCCCUUAUCGUGACCCCUUUGAUCUUGCCUCACAGUGGAUGGCUCCAGGCAGGCAAAGCUGGGACCUCGUGGAACUCAUGUCUCUCUUCCCCACACUCGCUGGACUCGCAGGACUACAAGUUCCUCCUCGAUGCCCCAUUCCUUCAUUUCAUAUUGAGCUGUGCAGAGAAGGCCAGAGCCUUCUGAAUCACUUUCGAUUCCAUGACUGGGAAGAGGAUCCACACCUCCAUGGUAAUCCCCAUGAGUCAGUUGCCUACAGCCAGUAUCCCCGACCUGCAGAUUCCCCUCAAUGGAAUUCUGACAAGCCGAGUUUAAAAGAUAUAAAGAUCAUGGGCUACUCCAUACGCACCAUAGACUAUAGGUAUACUGUGUGGGUUGGCUUCAAUCCUGAUGAAUUUCUGGCUAAUUUUACUGAUAUCCAUGCAGGAGAAUUGUAUUUUGUGGAUUCUGACCCAUUACAGGAUCACAAUGUGUACAAUGACUCCCAACAUAGAGAAUUUCUCCAGUCAUUGAUACCUUGAGUUUUAUCAGCCACAGAGGGCAAACAUAAUAUGUUCCCCUUGAGAGGAGAAAUGAUUAUUUUAUCAAUACCCAUAAUAUUGGACACAACCUAGGGGGGGAGGUAAUUCAAACACACAUCAACAAUUUGCCUUAUGUCAACAAGCCUUUUCAUUUUGCCAUUAUUCGUUUGAAAUUGGCAGUUGGAUUAGGACUUGGCUGAAUCACUUUGUUUCCUUUUAAAAGUAUUUAUAGUUUAGUCAUUGGUUGACAAACAAAAAUUGUCUUAAAAUAUCAAGACCAUGAUAAUAGAACAUAAUACUAUAACUCAAGAAAUUGUCCAAUUUAGUACAUUUCAGAAAGUAACAAUAUAUCAAAGUAGGAUUGACUUUAAAGUUCUGGUUAUUUUGUUUAUAAUUUACUAAUAUAUCUAGGGUAGGCCAAUAUAUUCAAAAUAUUUCAAUACCGAAUUCACAUUUCUUCCCCAAAUAUGAAGGUAAAUGGUAAUUUUAAGAGCCACAGAUUUCAAAAUGUGAAGUUGAGAUACACAUGAAAUGAUCAGUGUGUUACUUCAUCAAAUAAUAAAUGAUGCAUAGUGCAAUAGAGACAUGCAGGUAUUUGGAAAGUUCAAGUAAAAAUUUUCAGAUACAUUUGAAUAAUUUGCUACUAAAAUGUCCCUUGAACUCACUGGCCAUCUAUUAAAUCUGUUAUUCACAAUGGAACUUUUGAAAAUGUAAGUAUAUCCAUGGUUUCAGUUAUGCAAAUUCAUAUUAAUGUUCUCAUUUAUGGAUUGAUAAUUGUAGAAUCCAUUUAUUCAGGAGACAGAAAAUAUUCUCGUUUUAAUUGCUAAUUAAAGCAUCAAUUUUACUAAAUUUUAAAGUGUGAAAACUUUAUUAGUACAAUAUUAGGUAAUUUUCAUUUGUGUAUUUCUUGAGUAUGACAAUUUUCAGAAAGGCAGUAAUAAGCUUAAUUCAAAUCAUCUUUAAGUAAUGGAAUAUUUACAAGUUGUAUUUGAUCAUGAUGAAGUGAAUCAACUCUUUGUAGUCAUUGGAAGAAUUUAUUCCUUUCUAAACAAAUGUAAUAUGUCAGUCUUAUAGUAAAAUGAAUAUUUAGCAUUUUUCUCCUUACAGUGUCUUGGUGUUUUAAGGUGCAUGUUUGUGAAAAAAAUAUAACAAAGAGCAAAGUGCAAUGUAUUAAAUUGUGACCCAGAAAAGACAAGAUAUACAGAUAUAUAGAUAUAUAUCUUAAAAUCAGUACCAAAACUUACAAAAAUAACUAUUUGGCCUACGCUAGGUGCAUAUAAAAAUCACUAUGGUCUUGUAAGCAGUUAAGUGAGUAUCUUGGCAACAACCAAUUUUUAUUGGGGGAGUGAAGGGCCUCUUCAUUGCUUGUCGCUGCAGAACUCGUUUCUUUCAAGAAGCUUGAGCUUUUGUAAAUGGUUUCCUUCAGCUUUCACUUCGUUGUUCUUCAUCUCUUUAUUGCUUUCCUUAUGUCCACUAUAAUUUUUACAAUAUAGUCUAGAAAUUCCUUAGGACAUAUUUUCAGUGUAUUUAGCUUUAUCUCCCACUUUACAGUUACAAUGGUAAGUUUUAAAUUUCUUUCCUGGUUGGCUACAAUGUGUGCACUUUUUUUCUCAUUUUAUUUCUAAAAUGAGCAGUCAAACUCCAAAUGCUGCUCUGAUGGAGUCAUGAAGUGAACUCUGCUGGCCACUUUGUAGUCACUAAGCCGAUGUGACUAUCUCAAAUUAAAUGAAUUGAAAGAAAAUAAAAUUUAAGAUGCCUGAUCACACCAUAUUUCAAGUGCUUUGUAGCCGCAAUCCUAUCAUGACAGGUAGUUUGGACAGAUCUACCUUAGUUCUCUCUAGGUUUCUAGCUGGAUCUGUUGAAUGCUAACAAGUUUCUCCUACACUGAUCCUGAAUUUGCCAACAAAGCCUUGUGUGGAUGUGUUUAGGUGUAGGGUAGGGAGUUUGCUGUAGUCGUUGGCCUCUUUCUCUUCACUCCCAUCACCAUUGCCUCAGUCCUUAUCCCUUCCCUCCAAAGUAGUUUACCUUCCCUCCUUUUUCCUCCCCUGUUCCAAAAGGAAUCCAUGUGUCUUCCUAAAAUCCCUCUUAACCCUGCCCUUUGAGAACACCGUCAGUGCCUACUAUGGGUCUAGAAAGACCUCCGCUGAGCAGUCAGAGUCUUCCCUGGCUCCACAAUGCCCCUGCCCUUGGCUGACUCUACCUUGCCUAUUCCUACCUCCCACCCAUCAUAGGCUGUGCCCUCUUUUCUCUGCUCCAGCCCAUUCAUAACCAUUCUUCACAGCCUGGUUUCUGUACAUUGAAGGCAAAGAGGCUGAGAGCAUUUUGUGGGACAAAAUGAACACACAUAAAGAAUCUUGGGAUUUAACUUACCUUAAAAAAUGUACUCAUGGGCUGGGAAGGUGGCUCAGUGGUAGAGCGCUUGCCUUGCAUGCCU